AUGACCAAGGCCGGCUCUCUCGAUGUCGACUCGUCCUCGCUCGAUCCCCUCCCCCACCAUAUCCGACUCUGGCUGAGGGCAGUGUCGGCCCUUGGGUUCAUUUCAUUCUUUGCCUCCUUUUCUCUGUUCUCCAUUCUCUUAUAUCGAGUCAUCCGAUGGCAUAUCAAGGCGAAGCGGAGCAGCCAGUUUGUCAUUCUCAUUCUAAAUCUCGUCUUCGCCGAUAUCCAGCAGUCCAUAGCCUUCCUGCUCAACACGGAAUGGCUUCGCCUGAACAAGAUUGCCGUCGGUACGCGAAUAUGCUGGGCCCAGGGUUGGUUUGUUUCCACGGGGGAUCUUGCCAGUGGGGUUAUGUGCUUUGCCAUCGGAAUCCAUACCCUUGCGUCAGUGAUACUCAACUACCGGUUGAGGACCCGCUACUUCAUUGCCACGCUUGCCGCCUUGUGGGCUUUCGUCUAUAUCAUGGCGCUCAUUGGUGUCGGACUCCAUCCACAUGAAAUAUAUGUUCGUGCAGGUGCUUGGUGUUGGGUACACCAUGACUUCGCCCUGGUCAGACUCUGGACCCACUAUUUCUGGAUCUUUGUCUUCGAGUUCGGCGUCAUCGGCACCUACGCUACCAUCUUCCUGAUCCUCUUCCAACGCCUCCGCACAGGCUACUACAGCGCCGCCGAAGCCGACCACGUCAAGAACAUUUCCAGAAUGAUGAUGGUUUACCCCCUCGUGUACAUCGUGUGCACGCUGCCGCUCGCCUCCGCCCGCAUGGCCAGCAUGAGCAACCACAACCCGUCCCUCGGCCGCCUCUGCUUCUCAGCUUGCAUGAUAACUUCGAACGGCUGGCUUGACGUCCUCCUGUACACCUUCACCCGCCGCAUUAUGAUCCUCUCCGAUGUCCCGCCGUCCGAGUCUGAUGGCAUGGACACGUUCAGCACCAUCUGGAGCUCCAGCAAGCGCUUCGGAGCCGCCACUGUCAUCGAAGCAACGGGCCGCCCACGCCGUAGUAGAAGUCGCGCUGCAAGUCUCAACGGGAGCACAGACGAUUUGUUCCGUGUUGGCGCCAAGGAUAUCAAGCUCGUCACAACCACGGCAGUUGUACAUGAGCAGGCGCAGGAUGCGGACUUUGAUGAGAUGGGCGGUGGGCAUCAUAGGCUGCAGUCGCUGACGCCUGAGAAGCGGUAUAGCGAGGAGAGUGGCCGGACAGGUCAACUGGCGCAUAUAACUGAUUGA